AUGACAGCGAGGCUGCUUACUAUGUGCCGCCUCCUCCUUCUGGUCCUAAAGCAGUAUUGGCAACAAAAUGCUCCCCCACCACCUGAUCGUGUUGUUGCAGCAAUGCCGAAGCCCCCUCCUCCGCUGCCAAUUGCAUCAAGGCCCUUGCCUCCUUCAGAGCGUGUUUCAAUGCCACCACCACCACCUCCACCACCUUUCAUGAGCAGCAGUGGUGGCUCUGGCUCCAAUUAUUCUGGUUCUGAACGCCCAUACACACCCCCUUCUCCAGGCAUUGCUUUGGGUUUCUCUAAGAGCACAUUUAGCUAUGAGGAAUUAGCAAGAGCAACGGAUGGAUUCUCAAAUGCCAACCUUCUUGGGCAAGGAGGUUUUGGGUAUGUGCACAGAGGAGUACUUCCGAAUGGGAAAGAAGUAGCUGUCAAGCAGCUAAAAGCAGGAAGUGGGCAAGGGGAGCGUGAAUUUCAGGCAGAAGUUGAGAUCAUUAGCCGAGUGCAUCACAAACAUCUUGUUUCAUUGGUUGGAUACUGCAUCACUGGGUCUGAGAGGUUGCUUGUAUAUGAGUUUGUUCCAAAUAACACUUUGGAGUUUCACUUACAUGGGAAGGGGCGGCCCACCAUGGAUUGGCCUACCAGACUGAAAAUUGCGUUGGGUUCUGCGAAAGGUCUUGCAUACCUGCAUGAAGAUUGUCAUCCUAAAAUCAUUCAUCGUGACAUCAAGGCAGCUAAUAUACUUUUGGAUUUCAAGUUUGAGGCAAAGGUUGCUGAUUUUGGACUAGCAAAGUUGUCUUCUGAUGUCAAUACUCAUGUCUCCACUCGGGUGAUGGGAACUUUUGGGUAUCUGGCUCCAGAAUAUGCUUCAAGUGGAAAACUAACAGACAAAUCGGAUGUUUUCUCCUUCGGUGUCAUGCUUCUGGAAUUGAUCACUGGUCGUCGACCUGUUGACUCAACUCACUCUUACAUGGAGGACAGUUUGGUAGAUUGGGCAAGGCCUUUACUGACUCGGGCUUUGGAAGAUGGAAACUUUGAUGCUCUGAUUGAUCCAAAACUGCAAAAUGAUUAUGAUCACAAUGAGAUAGCUCGCAUGGUUGCUUGUGCUGCUGCUUGUGUGCGUCAUUCAGCUCGGCGUAGACCACGCAUGAGUCAGGUAGUACGAGCUUUGGAAGGAGAUGUAUCUCUCUCUGAUCUCAAUGAAGGAAUAAGACCUGGGCAUAGCAGAGUCUAUGGUUCAUAUGGCAGUUCAGACUAUGACACUAGCCAAUACAAUGAGGACAUGAAAAAAUUCAGGAAGAUGGCAUUGGGAAGCCAGGAAUAUGCUGCAAGUGGUGAGUACAGUGGACCAACCAGUGAAUAUGGUUUGUAUCCUUCUGGCUCGAGCAGUGAAGGCCAGAACACCCGUGAAAUGGAAAUGAAAAAGAUGAAGAAGAUCAGUGAAGGUUUUAGUGGAAGUUUAUGA